AUGUCGAAGAAGUCUUAAAUAUUUGAAUACAAGGAUGACAUCAACGGGAGAGUGCCAGUGAUAUUUCAAUGGAGUUUUGACUUCAAUUUCUUGGUUUGUGGAGGUGAUAAAUCUGUAAUUUAUGUGCUUGAUAAACGAGGGAAACGUUUAAAGGAUAUUCAAUUGCCGACAAAUAAUAAACUAUUGUAAUUGGAAUGGGAUAAAGAUGGUGAAUAUGUGUGCAUUGUACAGGAUGGUCUCAAUCAUGUAAAUUUAUGGGCUCCAUUCACUAAUAAUUCGCAAGUGAUUCAAGUAGAAUUAGAUAAUCCAAAAGCAAAAGUUUCAUAUGCUAAGUGGUCUAAAAGUCAUGGGAUAUUGGCAAUAGGAUCAGAUAAGGGUGGUUUGUUGUUCUAUACAAAGAAGCAGGCGAAGAAAUUACCGACGAUGGGAAAGCAUAGCAAGAAGAUCAUUAGUGGGGAUUGGAACAAUGAGGGAUAUUUAAUAACGAGUGGAGAAGAUAAAUUCUUAACAGUUUCAAAUUACAAUUCAGAAACUAUGUUUGAAUCUAUUCCUGUGAAGGCUGAAGCCAAAAAUGUAGUUUGGUCAAGAUCCAAGACAGAUUCAAGGGAGUAGAAUUAAAGAACAGUCACGGCCAUCAUUCAAUAAAAAACAAUUAUAAUGUUUGAAUUGGGCAAGAAUCAUAAAAUGCCUGAUGAAUUAAUGUUUGAAAAUAAAUAUGGGAAAAUAGUGGAUUACACAAUCUUUGGUGAUGGAUAUUUGGUCAUUGGAUUUAGUGAAGGAUACGUAGCCCAUAUUUCUACACACAGAAAAGAAAUUAAGGAUGAAGUACAAAGUGAAAAAUUGUUGAAGUCAGUGGAUGCCAUGUGCACAAAUGAUAGUCUCUAUAAAUUGGCAGUAGCAGGAGAUGGAUGUAUCAAAAUGAAAUACCAACUGAGAAAAUUGAAUUACCCAAUGAUUGUGGUCGUGGUUUGGAGUUAAAAUGGAUAAAUCUUGGUUGUGUCCACUGAAAAAGGUUGUUUGUUUGGAUUUUAAACAUCAAUCCCCACUUUGACUGCCUCAUAUGCAUCUAUGAUUGCAUUGUAAUAGUCAUUCACUGAAAUCUCUAUCUAUUCUACUCAGGAGUAAUCCCUGAAUGAAAUUUCCACGGUCACUUUAGAGAAUGAACCCAAUUAGAUUUCGAUGAGUAUGUAAUAUUUUGCAGCUGGACUCAACAAUGUGGUUUUUUAUUAUAAGUAUUUGGAAUUGAAAAACAAAAAAGCAUUCAAACCUGCUAUCCAAGCUAUCAAGAUGGAUUAUUUAGGAUAUGUGAAUCAGAUCAUUUUGAAUGAUGAAUCUGCUGCCAUCUUAAGUAAUAAUGUUUGCACUUUUCAUAAAAUCGAGUAGACAGGCGAAUAUGUUAAAUAAUAAUUCCCUGAUAAUGAUUAGGAAAAACCAAUUUUGCACAUCGGACUAACCAAAAAUUUCCUAUUCUUGUUAGAUUCCUAAUCUAAAAUUAGAGUCUACAAUGUGUUUGAAAAACAAUUCAUCAUUGAAUUCAAAAACGAUUACAGUUUGACCAAAAUCUUCCCCAACAUUAGUGGAACAAGAUCCAUUUGUAUUAACAAUAAAGGUUAAGGUUUUUUAUUUGAAGCAUCCCUUGAAUUAUUGACUAAGAUAUCUGAAUUCCCAGAAAAAACAGAAAGGAUUAUCUGGGAUUAAAAAGAUCCCAAUUUGUUUGUGACCUAAGUGGCCAAUGAUCUUACAACUUACAUAGUUAAUAAAAAUAAUCUAUAAUAAGAAAUGGUGCAUCCAGUAUUGGAAUAUUUGUCAAUGGAAGAUUUGUAAAAAUCAUCCCCUCCAAACCCCUCUGUUACAGAAAUAGAGAAAGGAGUUUAAGCCUUAAGUUUAACAAAUGGAACCUUAAAAUGUUUCACCAUGUCAAGGAAUGUCAUGGGGUAACCACUAAUUAGUCAUUCUUACUUGAAGUCAUACAAGGGUGCUGAUGACAACAAUGAAGGUCAUUUCAGAUAUUUCUUAUAAAAUCUUGCCUUGUUUAAAUUUGCAAAUGCACAUAAGGCUGCUUUGAAUUUGAAGAACCUAAAAUUAUUUGAUACAUUUGGUAGAAAGUGUUUGGAGAAUCUAGAAUUCGACGUAGCCUAGAAGGCAUUCCAAGCUGCCAACAAUAUAUCAAUGGUUAUGAUGAUAUAAAGUUUCAAAAAUGAGACCGAAAAGAAUUUAUUGUUUGCAUACGUGGCUAUGAUUCUAGGGCAACAUGAUUUGGCUCAAGAUCUGUUCUUAAAAUCAUCUUAUAGGCUGGGAGCUCUAGAAUUGAGAAGUGAUAUCCAAGACUAUGUGAAUGCCUUGUCAUUGGCCAAGAAGAUAGCACCUGAAUAAGAGCCAUUUAUUUGCAAAAGACUUGCCAUCUAAAUAGAAACCUAGGGCAAUAAUCCAGAAGCAGUCAAAAUGUAUGAGAUGGCUAUGUUGAAUGAAAAAUUGCAUGACUCAAAAACAGUUGAAACACAUAAUCAACAAUGUGUGGCUGGUAUUGCUCGUUGUUCAAUCAAAAUGGGUGAUAUUCUGAGAGGGUCUAGUCUGUCAAGAUAAAUUUCAGAUCCAUUGAUUUUAUAGGAAAUUGCUUUGGUGUGUGAGAAUAUGAAAUUUUAAGUUGAAGCUGCUGAACUAUAUGAAUAAGCAGGUUGUAUAGAGAAGGCAGCCACUAUAUACAUCACUCAAAAGAUGUUCAAGCAAGCUGCACCAUUAAUGAAUAAAGUGAAAUCCCCUAAAUUGUUGAUAUUGUAUGCGAAGGCAAAGGAGAGUGAAGGAGCCUUCCAAGAGGCAGAAAAUGUGUAUGAAAAGGCUGAGGAUUGGGAAAAUGUAGUACGCUUAAACUUAAAUUAAUUAAACAACAUUGAAAGGGCAAAGUUCAUAUUGCGAAAUAAGUGUAAGACUGUAACUCUGGCUUCGAUGGUGGCUUAAUAUUGUGAAAGGAGAGGGUCUAAAGCAGAAGCUGUUGAAUUCUUGAUAUUGGCUGAGAAGAAAGAGUAAGCAUUUGCUUUGGCUCAAAAUUACAACGAGAUGGACUCGUAUGUUGAGCAUAUGAAGGCAUUUUCACUUGAAGAACGUUUGCAGGUGGCCUAGUAUUUUGAGGGCAAAAAUUAAUUAGACAAGGCUGCAUUUCAUUUUGAGAAGGCACAAGAUCCCAUGAAAGCCUUGAGAUUGUACUAGAAGGCAGGAGAGGAGUUCAUUAACGAUAUGAUAGAUUUGGUUGCACGAAAUAAAUAGGAUAGUCUAAUCCAACAUUUAUCCGAUUACAUCAAUGGAGAUACUGAUGAUAUUCCCAAGGAUCCCAUUUUCUCAUUGAAACUAUAGAAAGCUAUAGGAAAUUUAUAGGCAGUGGGAAGGAUUGCUAUAACUAUUGCAGCAUCUGAGCAAGAAUGUGGUAAAUAUAAGGAGGCUCAUCAGUUUCUAUAUGAAACCUGUGAUGAUUUGAAAUCAAGUGGCAAUUAGAUACCAUUUGACUUAUAUCAAAAAUUGAUGACAUUGCAUUCAUACACAUUAGUUAAAAAGAUUACGAAAUUAGAAGAACAUGAAGAUUUGGCAAAACUAUUGGAUAGAGUAUGCAAAAGUAUAAGUUAAUUCCCUAAUGGGGCUACCAAUAUUUUGACAAUGGCUGUAAUCGAGGCUACAAAAGCUAAUUUCAAAUCAAUGGCAUAUCAAUGGGCUAUUACAUUAAUGAAACAAGAGUAUAGAUCAUAAAUAAAUGAAAAAUUUAAAACCAGAAUAGAGAACAUCGCAAGGAAACCAGUAAAGGAGGAAGUUCCAGACAAGAAAACACCAUGUCCAUUUUGUGGAGAAUUCGUUUCAGAAUUUACCCUUGAUUGUCCUAAAUGCUCAAACAAUAUUCCAUUUUGUAUUGCAUCAGCAAAACAUAUUGUAGCAGAGCAAUGUUGCUUCUGCCCGGAAUGUAAGUUCCCAGCAAACAUUCAAUAUUUCAAAAGAAUCCUAGAGAUUGAGCCAAUUUGUCCACUCUGUCAAAAGUAAAUACGUUCAUAAGAUCUAAAGGAAGUAAGCAUUAUGGUUCGACCUUAAUUUUAGGUUUCAAAGGAGGAAGUACUCAAGCUAAAGAGGAAGGCUGCAGUCGAUGAAAAAAAAUAAUGA